CAGAAUCCCCCGCGCCAGGGCAACAUGGAAGAAAGCAGUGACCGCCGGAGAACAAUGUUUUGGCAAUAAAUCCCCCGAGCGGCCAAGACGGAGACGAUAUAAACGGGUUUAAAGCCAACUGCGGUCAUGCGUAGAAUGAUCUCCUGCAUUCCUCAUUAGAUUGAUCGCCCUCCUUCUCCCCCUGCAUAAAGUAAACCACCACCAUGAGUAUUAUCCAAGACAAGUUAGGCAAUGAGUUUUUGCGCAAUGGAGGCAUGGACCCCAAUUUUGCACCAGGCAUGCUUAUGUUCAGCCACUUGCCUCCAGUCACCAGCUUCACGCGACUGGCCUCCCAGUCUGUUAUGGGUGAACUUCCCCAGGAGAUGAUCCUGAAGAAAGAGCGCGACUCACCUCCAGAACACCACGGCGCCGCAAAUUCAGGGGGGUUCCUUCACAGCAUGGGCAUUAAACAAGAGCGGCUGAGUGAACUGGAUUACAGAAUGCCCCUCUACGGCGGGGGUGGAGUAGGGUUGAACUGUGCUGGAGGGGGCUCAGGGAAAAGUGGUACCGACAUGGCAGAUAUGUCUUUCGGCAACCAGCACCAAAAUCACCAGAACAUGCUCCUGCAUGACCUCAGCCUCAACAAUAUUCGCUCCCUGGGAGAACCGAUGCCUGGGAGACCAGGUAAAGAGCCAAAAGAGUCCUCGGGUAGAAGAGGGCGGAGGAGCAAUGGGGAUGGGCAAGGAGGCAAAACUCGAAGGAAACGCAACGAUGCUGCAAAGGCUAUGAUGUUGGAAGGAGACGGAGCUUGCCUGUCCCCAAACUCUAAACCACAUAUCUGCGAGCACUGUAACGCUGCCUUUCGCAGCUCCUACCACUUGCGUAGACAUGUGCUCAUACACACAGGGGAGAGGCCUUUUCGUUGCAGUCAGUGUAACAUGAGCUUCAUUCAGAAGUACCUGCUCCAGCGACAUGAGAAAAUCCACAGCGGGGAAAAGCCUUUCAGCUGUGACCAAUGUAACAUGCGUUUUAUUCAGAAGUACCAUAUGGAGCGACACAAAAGGACACACAGUGGAGAGAAGCCGUAUCGCUGUGAUACUUGCCAACAAUUUUUCUCAAGAACUGACCGGUUACUGAAGCACAAACGGACUUGUGGAGAAGCCAUAAAAAAGGGUCUAGAUCCAAACAUGCUGGAGCUCAGUGGAGCGGAGCUAGGCCAGGGCAGCUAUUCACUCACUCAGGGAAACUCUACCACCUCUGGACGCAAGAGGUCCAAGUCCAAAAAUGGUGAAGGUGGUGAACGCAGGAAAAAGAAGAACGCCUCAGCAACAGUGACCUCAUCUUCUGGGGGGAUGGUCCACGACUUGGGCCUGCAGGACUUCAGCAUGGAGCAUCCCUCAGACUCUGAUCCUGUCAUGCAAGGGCGUGCUCCCAAAUUGGUCUUUAAAAAAACUGGACGCAAAGGGCUUGAUAAGGGCCUGCUCUCCCUGGAAGAUGGUGCUGAUGGACAAAAACUUUUAGGCCAGAAGCCUGGUGCCAUGGAUCAUGUGGAGGGCUCUGGACUUGAUAACAUGAGUCUACUCCAGGGACCUGGGGGCAGUAAGCCUGGUCCCAACACCAGCAGCAACUAUGAUGAUGCAAUGCAGUUCGUCAAAAAGCGGCGCUACCUCCAUGCAGUUAAUAAUGACUAUGGAGCCAGCUCACUUCACAUGGCAUCCCAGGGCGGCACUGUGAUCCAGGGUUCCCUAGGUCCGGAGCCCACACUGGCUAUGCUGGACUCGCCGCUGGAGCUCAAGCACGACAAGUCAGGUAUUCCAGAUGAGGUACUGCAAAGCCUGCUAGACCAUUAUAGCCAUAAACCAGAGGGAACACACCACCACGAUGUGACUUUCGAUCUGUCAGACCACCCACACCACGUAGACCUCCAACCAGCAGCUCCGGUUACUCCAGAAUUGGAGGACGAUUCCACCAAUGGUGGUGACAAGACCGCUGUGAUGAGCGAGUACUCCAAGUUCCUCCUCCAGGCUCUUGAGCGCACCAGCCAUAGUGGACCCUUCCCCAGCCUUGGUCCAACGGGGCCUUUCCCCCUCCUGUCCAGCAGCUCCAGUCCCACAGGGCCCUUGUUUUCUGAUAAACACGCAUACACCACUUCUCCACUAGAUUGUGGCUACCCACCUACUGUUUCCUCUCCACUUCCCAUAGCUGCCCCCUCAUCCUCUUCCUCUUCCUCCUCCUCCAAGUCCCACUAUGGAAUGCUUGUUGGAUCCCCCUCCCAGGCAGGCUACCACCUCAGCCUGGAAUCUACUAGCCACCAGCAGCUGACUCCAUCUCAGGAGCUUACCGAACAGUUGGAGAAACAGCACUCCCCGGGCACCUUCAACCUACCCCCCCAGGAGCUUACUGCCACGGAGGGCUCCAAGGGACAGCAAUCUAAGGCUGUAGGGAGCACUGCACCUACCAACGGCUCCGCCUACCCAGACCUGUCCCCACUGAACCCCCCGAAAGAAACCACAUACCAGAUCGAGAACUUUGCCCAAGCCUUUGGCUCCCAGUUCAAGUCUGGACGGCGGACCCCUCUGAGCUACGGCAGCGACCCUGGAGCAGAGGUCGAACCCAGAAUACGGACUCCAGUGUCAGAAUUCUCAGGGUAUAGAAGCUUGUUAGCUGAUGUCAGUGAGCCAGUGAGUACGGGAUCAAAAACCCUGACAAGCCAAAGUUUCAGAUAAGGG